GUCUAUUGGGCUGUUGGCUUCCUGACAAGCGAGGUGCAACUGACAUCAUACAAUUAAUAGCACUUAUGGGGGAAAUGGGGCUUCCCCCAGUGGAUGAGCUAGCUAAUGUCCCACACAUUAUGGGGCGCUCACAGGACUAUCUAGUGAGCACCAGAGUCUAGUCGUCAUUUCUAACCAAAAGGACCAGAGAAAACAAAGAGGGAAGUUAGAGAUUAGAUUCAAAUCUCUACAGCUUUCACCGCUGUUUAUUUUCAACAGAGAAUAAAUAGGAUGAUUAGUUUUAAAGCUCGCCUUUUGUAAACAAUAAUUAGUAAUGCCCAACCCUAAUAUAAAUUGAUGCAUUUGAUUUUUAAAUUUUUUUUCAAGUUUAAAAAAUCAGUAAUUUUCAUUUGGUUUACACGAAUGAACAAUUAUAAACUAAGGGAAAGGAAGAAACGAUAUUUUAAGUACCAUUACAAAAGCCAUCAAAUUACUGUAUAAUGAAUCGCUUCUUUCGCUCUUCUGAUAUCCGACUCGUGGAAAACUUGCAGCUGAUCUGACAAGCCAACGAAAGACAAUGUAUCUGUUUGGUUAUGGGGGGUUUCGUUCUGUGGACAAUUCUCAGCGCUUUGCUGCAGUGCAAGUCAGUUUCACUAGCGGUUUGUUAAAGUUUUAUGAAGUUAAUUAGUACCCUUUGCUCUAUGAUGUUUGGGGGGAGGGGUCCGAGAGCAGGGUUGGGCUUAAGAAAAAGGGUUUGGAGGAAUAGCACACCCCCAGGCAGGCUUCUCCCUCAGUAUUUUUACGACAACAAAUCCUGUUGUUCUCCAUGUUAGAACAUUCUUGAAUGAAAAGAAAAAUAUGUUCCGUUUAGUAGCAGUGUCCGGGGGAAACCCAUCGAUUAAAGUAGCACACCUAAAUGUGUGAUCAGACAUUUUUCUCAAUGAGAGGGAUUUUUUAAAAUGGAAGUUAAAAUACCAGUUGCGAUUUGAUAAAACCAUAGCCCCAAAUGCAUGCUGGAUGUUUCUAAAUAUGGAUAGGAAAUGGGCAGCGCUGCUCUCCCUCGACCUAUUUGUGCAAUGAUAUGUAAUAAUUCCUUCUCCAAAGCAAAGGCAGAGGAGCCCUGUUUUGCUAAUGCAUCUCACGGCCUUCCUUCUUUUACAGAAAAUUGUUUGCUAUAAAUAAACAGCGUUGUUUUGGUCGGACUGGGUUCCCUUUGACCUUUCGCACUCAGCUUUGCAUAGAGGACCAGCAGAAAGGAACAUUACAGAAAAGAAUGAGAUACAAUUGUUAAUGCAAAUAGCAAUAAUGUAACUAGUUCUUAUUUCGUUGAAGUUCUAAUUAGUGACAGUUGUCAUUCGCUCAAUUCACCAAAUCCCUGUUUUAACCAGUCCCUAUUAUUAAAGGCAUCUCACCAGAAAUGGUGGAUCUUUGUCUUCAGCCUCCAGUUGUUUUCAUUUUAAUUCCACAUCCACUGCCUCUUUUCAGUUCAAUCAGAUGUGUAUUAAUCACCUCUCUUUUAACACUUAGCACAGAAGUCUGUAGUGGAGACAAUUUUACUUAUUUUUAAUAAAAAAGUUAGCAACUGAAGUAGUUUAAUAGAAUCCAAAAUAUAUAGUGUCUUGUGAACGCAGCAAAGGGUAAAUUGAUUUUUACAGCGUGCAUUUAACAUCUUAAUAAAAUAAAAUACUGUUAAAAUAAAAACCCUAUUCAAGUGUUCAGGAGAAAAGGGAGAUGGCAUGCCCUGAACAAUACUGCACUAAAAUGACGCAUUCCCUUGCAAUGGUAUGGAUGUUCUUACAGGUUUUCCCCAAAUGGAAUACAAAGUGAGUGAUUAGUCAAUUCUUUACCAGAGCGGGUAGUCUCUUGCCCAGGGAAAUAUGCUAAAUAAAAAGAAUGAAUAAUUGUAAGGUCGUUGCAUUAAAAUAAAUAUAAGCAAUCGAAAACAAAAUUAUCUAUAUGUAAUGAAGUGCUAUCUAGAUGUGCCCCGGCAGUAGAGCAUGGUGACCUGGAGAAAUCUGUAUCUAUACCCAGCUGUAGAAUGUAUGUACUGUAUACUAAUACAGAAUCUAUCUGAAUCUAGCUAUUAAAAUAUAAGGGUAGUAGGAAGGAAUCGGUAUUUGGAUGUAGCUAUAGAAUAUACCUAUGGCGAGAAAAAUCUAUUUCAAACUAUAGAUAUAAGCUAGAAGGCCAACAAGAAUGCAUCUAUAUUGGUAGAUACAGAGGCAUGCAAUAACAAGGAGUCUAUAGCUAGCUAUGCAAUGCGGCGAGGGUGUAGGUAGCCAUUUCAAUCUGGGUGGCCGUGUUUCGCACGUAAGUCUUUAGGAUAUCAAACUGUAUUUUGGUGGGGAUGGCGGGUUUUCUGCCUAAACCUGGCUCAGAAAUGACCCCCGGAUUUCUCGCAUGCCCGCUAGAAAGUGCAAUUCAUUUCUAAUACACGGAGGAAUCGUUCGAAAGAGAGACCGAUGGCAGCGGAAGCUCCUAGCCUGCCGUGGGGAGGGUCGCCGGGCCCCGGGAAGAUACGCACAUUUAUAUCCUCAUAGUUUAAAUCAGGGAGGGGAAUUGCCCCCAUCUCCCUGCCCCGCCAGCUCCCCCUGUGCCUCUGCAAUGUGGCUGGCGGAGCCCAGCAGAGGUGGGUGUUGCUGUGUCGGGGGGAGAGGAUUCUGGGCUUUGAUGAGGGCUGUGGUACCUCCCCCAGAAAUGCAGCAAUCCUCUCCCCCUUCCUUCUGAUCGAUGGGCGCAUUGGGACGGAGACGUGGUGUGCACAGCAAAGGGCUUGCGUUGGCAGUCUGGUGAUCGUCACACGUCCCCCUGCCUCUCUCCCCCAGGCUCCUCCGCAUUGCUCGGGCAGCGCCGACUGGAGAGGACCAACCCGCGUCUCUGCCGCUCCGAGAGGGGACAGGGAUAGUCUGUAGCACUGCAGGGCCCCCGCCCGGACCCCGUCACUCUGUGCACUGGGAGGAGGGCGAGGUAUUGGCCGGGACCUGCCUAGGCGCGCAGACCGAGCGGGGUCAUGCUCCAGGGGACACCGAGGGGGAGCAGGUCCAGUGGCGGUAGGAAGGGGAGAUAGCGGCUUCGCCAGCCCCACGGCAGCAGACCCGUCUCGCCUGGCGCAGAGGAUCCCGGCUUCUUGGUGCCCCGAGGAUCCCGAGCCCGGGAGAGCGAGGCGACAUGGCCACCCUGAUCCGGAGCAAGAUCUCCAACGUCGCCACCUCGGUUUCCAACAAGUCCCAGGCGAAGGUGAGCGGCAUGUUCGCGAGGAUGGGCUUCCAGGCGGCCACCGACGAGGAGGCGGUGGGCUUCGUGCACUGCGAUGACCUGGACCUGGAGCACAGGCAAGGGCUGCAGAUGGACAUCCUCAAGUCGGACGCCAGCGAGGACGGAGCCGAGCCUCCCCUGGAGGGAGACAUCCACUACCAACGGGAUGGCACCGGCCCCCUGCCCCGCUCGGCCACCAAGGACGAGGGCACGUGCUCCGAGCUCUCCGGCCAAGGCAAGCCCAAGAUCACGGCCUGGGAAGCCGGCUGGAACGUGACCAACGCGAUCCAGGGGAUGUUUGUUCUUGGCCUGCCCUAUGCUAUCCUUCAUGGUGGAUAUCUAGGACUCUUUUUAAUCAUUUUCGCUGCAGUGGUUUGCUGCUACACUGGGAAAAUCCUUAUUGCCUGUCUUUACGAAGAGAAUGAAGAUGGGGAGAUAGUCAGGGUGAGAGACUCCUAUGUUGACAUUGCUAACGCUUGCUGUGCUCCCAGGUUCCCCAAGCUUGGAGGGAGGAUUGUGAAUGUGGCUCAGAUCAUUGAGCUGGUCAUGACCUGUAUUCUCUAUGUGGUGGUUAGUGGGAACCUGAUGUACAACAGCUUCCCAAACUUGCCCGUCUCCCAGAAGUCUUGGUCUAUCAUUGCCACAGCAGUACUCCUGCCUUGUGCUUUCUUGAAGAACCUCAAGGCUGUCUCGAAGUUUAGCUUGCUCUGCACCUUGGCCCACUUUGUGAUCAACAUUCUGGUGAUUGCCUACUGUCUCUCCAGAGCACGGGACUGGGCCUGGGACAAGGUCAAGUUUUACAUUGACGUGAAGAAGUUCCCCAUCUCCAUUGGCAUCAUCGUCUUCAGCUACACCUCUCAGAUCUUUCUGCCUUCCUUGGAAGGGAACAUGCAGCAUCCCAAGGAGUUUCAUUGCAUGAUGAACUGGACUCACAUAGCAGCUUGCAUCCUCAAGGGACUCUUUGCCUUGGUAGCCUAUCUGACCUGGGCUGAUGAGACUAAAGAAGUCAUCACAGACAACUUGCCAUCCACCAUUAGGGCGGUAGUCAACCUUUUCUUGGUGGCCAAAGCGUUGCUGUCCUACCCAUUGCCCUUCUUUGCAGCUGUGGAAGUCCUAGAGAAGUCCCUUUUCCAAGAUGGAAACAGGGCGUUUUUUCCUAACUGUUAUGGGGGUGAUGGGAGACUCAAGUCCUGGGGGCUCACCCUCAGGUGUGCACUGGUAGUUUUCACCUUGUUAAUGGCGAUCUAUGUGCCUCAUUUUGCCCUCCUGAUGGGUCUUACAGGGAGCCUCACAGGUGCAGGUCUCUGUUUCCUGCUCCCAAGUCUCUUCCACCUCAAGCUCUUGUGGAGGAAACUCUUCUGGCACCAUGUUUUCUUUGAUGUCGCCAUUUUCGUUAUAGGAGGUAUAUGCAGCGUGUCUGGGUUCAUCCAUUCUUUAGAAGGCCUCAUAGAGGCUUACAGCACCAACACAGAAGACUAAAGAAUGCCCACAGCGGGCUGCAUUCACAGGAGAAUUACGCUGAACACCCACAUAGCCAAAUAAUGACGCAUCCUUUGAAAGAAAAGAUUCAUUAUUUUAGUUACGUGCAUCCAACAAAAUACGACAUAGAAACUAAAAAAAAAAAAGAAAUAAAUCAUAUGACAAAGUCUUUGCCCUGCAGUCGUUUUAAUAAGCUAAGAUUUCAAUCUUUUUUCUUAUUUAGAAAUUAUUGGAAGGAAAAUAUCUGAGCCCCUUCCUACCCUCUACACAAUAUCUGAACUUUAUCAUAUACGUAUCUUGUAUGGCUGUAAAAUGCCCUGUUUGGAGGCGAUUACCGUUUUCAAGGUAACUAUCUUGAAAAUAUUAUGCUAGUCAGCGUUGCAAGAUUUGAAACACAGUUCUCAACCUAAUGGAUCUGGGUUGUUUUGUGUAAAAUCAGACGCAGCUAUUGAGUAGUGGGUGGGACCAGGAGGACCCCUUCUUUUACAUCCCGUGAAGCCUGAUUACAGAGGUGUAGACAGGGCUUAGCUUGGCUGAACGCCCGAUCAGUUAAAAUGGUAACAAGUUACAACCAAUGAUUCCAGCGGUGUAAUGUUUACAUUGUAGUAAUAUGAUAAAUAAAUAUCCUGAAUUCUUCCACUUUAACACAUAUCCAGUAAUCCCAUUUAAUGAAGACCUUUUGCCUCCAGCUGCAAUCACAGACUUGGAGUUCAUGUCUCAUGUUUUAAAAUAAUCAUUACAACUAAGUUGAACAAACCAUUGUUGGAUUUGAAAGCGUUCAGGAUACAAAACCAAGACAAAACUCAUUCUGUGCAAUCCACCAGAUCUGUGGAGCUGUUUCAAAUGUACGUGUGGUGUAAUUGUGGUAAAUAAGAUGAAAAUGUAUAUCAGAAGAUUUAUCUUUAACAUAUAAUGUGGUACAUAAAUAUAUCGAACAAUAAAGAGAAAACUUACCGA